AGCAAAUCAUAAGUGGUGCUUUCAUUCUUUGUCCGUGUGUACGGUGGAUCACGAACCGUGUUACGGAAGAACCUGUAUCCUCGCGUUUACUCGUUGCCAUGUCGACCGCCGCUGACGCCAGCACGGCUGCAGCGGCAGCGCCGCGACUGUGGGGCUCCGCGCUGCUGCUGCGCAAAGUGCCUCUCUACGCCCAGGCACGGCAGUACGCCGCGGUGGACCCGGACGAGCCCCAAUCGGAGGGAAACACUCUCGGCUACGGUGUCAGCACCUACCCGCUCUUGGCGGCCGUGCGCACCACCUACAACGCCGUGAACAGUGACGCAACGACAGAAGGCCCUGCGACCAGCCGGGACACACGUGAUGUGGUUGACCGCUCCGCCUUCUGUGGGAUUCAUCAGGCCGGCUACGCGCACGUCCCAGCACAGCGCAAGUGGAUGUCGACGAGCACGCUGGCGGCGGGUGUGGCUGCGUCGACCACCACUUCGUCGGUCGCCAUUGUGCGUCGUGCCGCGGCAGCAGCCGUGCUCGAUGACGCCCUCGGACCGCCGACGCUGGCGCAGGUGCUGGAGCCGUGGUUUGGUGUGCUGGAAGACCACCUCACUGUUGAUGCGCAGGAACGGCACGACGCAGCGGUUGAGCAUGCAGCGUCGACGAAGCACAUGGACAACAAGAAGCGCGAGACAAGCACAUCCCAAGGCGAGGAGAACGACGCGGUACAGGAGCGCGUUAUCGACCCCGACGUGCAGCGCUGUCAGCGGCGGAAGCGACUGUACGAGCGCGAAGCCGAGACGCGCGGUGCCGUGUACACGCGUUUGGAGGGGGCCCUGAUGCACUACAGCGCCGCGACGACAGAGGAGAAGGACAUUCUUCGCAGUGUCCGCGCUAGCAGCAACAGUAACGGCAGCAGCGGUGGUGGUGGUGAGGUGAGUGCGGCCGAGGCGCAGCUCGCUCUUUCGCCGGCGCGUGCACCGCCGGAGACGUGGGGGGCGAGGAUGCUGUCGCUUGUCACGUCCGCCGCGGCGAACGAGCGGGGGCCGAUCAACGACGAGAAGGUAGAGCAGCAGCAGAAGGUCCUCGCGUACUUGAAACGGGUGCGGUGGAUUGCAACGCAGUGGAGCGGCGCACGCGACCCGUCAGCGCUAAAGGACGCCGCGGCGGUACCGUCGUGGGGUCAGCUGACGGAGGCGAUGCGUGUGCAGGCGGAGAUGACACACACGCAGGGGCAGCGGCGCCGCUUUCGUCGCACGCGUCGCGGACCGGCGGGCGAUGCGAACAACGCGGAUGAAGGAGAUGCGGUGGACGAGUAA